AUGUAUGGAGACGUCGGCAACAAACUGGUGCAACAUGCAAAGCGGACCCAGGCACUCCCCCAGCUGCCAGCCUACCAGACCGAGCUCGUCCGCACCGUAGUACGCGAAGUCCGCGAACUCAACCGAGAAGUCAACUCUCUGCUCGAGCCCUUUGGUUCUUCUUUCAACCCCUCCCAAGACCCCGCUACAGCAUGCGCUCUCCUUGUCAACCACCUGAGCAUGCGUCGCAACAAACGUUGUCUCCUGGCCUACCACCGCGUGCGCACCGACAAGCUAGAAGACAUGUGCUGGAAAGGCAUUGAUAUCCUCGGAAACGACCAGACGUCCGCCGAACCCCAAGCCAUGAAUGUCCAAGACAGCAAGAGCAGCCUCAGUCCCGAAGAAGAGGAAUACGUCCGUCUGUACAGCGAUCUCUUGGCCGCUUACAAGGGUCAAUGGACCGACAUUGAUUUGACCGGGAGCCUGGAUCCACCUACCGAUCUCUUCAUUGAUGUCCGCGUCCUGAAAGAUGCUGGCGAAAUCCAAACAGAAUACGGGGCCAUCAACCUCACCAAGAACAGUCAAUUCUAUGUCCGUCAGGGAGACGUCGAGCGUUUGAUCCAGCAGGGCUAUUUGCAGAAACUCAGCUGA